AUGCGUGUGGGUACGUCGAAGCGGCCUGCAGACCAGGCAGCCCCUGCCCCGAAACAGCAUGUAGUCUUUGACGAAGACGAUAUGCACAGCCUUACAUCAGAAGACGAUGUGGACGACGGCAGCGACGACCACGACGAGGAUGAGGAUGAGGAUGAGGAUGAGGAUGAGGAUGAGGAUGACGACGACGACGACGACGACGACUCUGAGGUGGAAGAGCUGACCAUGUCGGCCACGCGAGAGCAAGCCAGGCAACAAGCGUCAGCAGCGCAGGCCCAGCGUAGCAGGGAAAAAGCAUCACGAAGUGCGGCGCAGGCGCGGCGUCAGGCACAGUCGUCCAAGUCCAGUCGUCGAGCACAGAAACAGAAGCAGAUGGACUGGGACGAGGACGAGGACGACAUUGAGAACGAUGACGAUGACAAUGACGAAGCGGUGUCGGAUUCGCUGGACCCUGCAUUGUUUGCCGCGGCGUUUGCGAAGCAGGGUGACGCGGCGGCCCGCGAAGUUCUGCGUAGUACAGCGUCGACAUCUUCGCAGCGGCCAAAGCGAACUGACGGCUUGGCGCGUGGAUGGGAUGGGCGUCCUAUGACGCGCGUGCCAGGGGAACGUGUGAUUGUACGGGCUCUCGACCCCGCCGAUGAGGUGGCGGAUGAGGUGGACGAUGCGCCGUGGCAGCAUACGCCACUGGAUCCACAUCGCUCGCUGCCAAGUGCUCGUAUGCGUGCGUACAAAAAGCAAAAACUGGGCCUACGUGCUAAGGAUGUACGUACGUCCACCCUGGAAAAGUCGCCUCGGCGGAAACGACGUAGUAAGGCGCCUCUCCAAGACGAGGACGAUCCGUUGGGUCUGCAAGACCCGGCCUUUUUGCCCGGUGGCGAGUUUGCGCUCACCGGCAAGAAACGACGUACGGCGUCGACCACGGCGCCGACAUCCCAAGGGCGUACAGCGCUUGCUAUGCGUGAUCGUGGGGCUGGAGGACGUGUGCCUGUACCGACGUCGCGCACUAUGGGACCGGCCGCUGUGUUUGCUCGGUCACGCCGGGGGUGA